AUGCACGUCCAGAACGCCACCCUCGCCGGCGGCGUCGCCGUCGGCUCCGCAGCCGCCCUCAACCUCCACCCCGCCGGCGCACUGGCCGUCGGCGCCUUUGCCGGCGCGAUGUCCACCGCCGGCUUUGCGCGCCUGACGCCGCUGCUCGAGCGCAGGAUGGGCCUCGGGGACACCUGCGGCGUGCACAACCUCCACGGUCUUCCCGGUAUCCUCGGCGGCCUCGUCGCCGGUUUCGCAUCCUUCGGCGCCGCCAACGCCGCCGCCGCGCCGCACGGCGCCGCGCAGCUCGGCUGGCAGCUCGCGGCGAUCGCGGCGACGGUCGCGAUCGGCGCGACGGGCGGCGGCCUCGCCGGCUGGGCGGCCGCGCGUGCCAACCCGAUGAGCCAGCUGAUCGACGGCGCGCACCUGUUUGACGACGGGCUGAUCUGGACCGGCGUUGACCUGGAGGUGUCCACCAAGGACCACUCUGUGGUGGGCGUGCCCAGCGUCCACGGGGGCAACGCGUACGAGCAGCACAAGGAGACGCAGGCCGCGGCGGCGGCGGCCAACGGGGCCGCAAAGGACGCGGACGCGUGCGACCAGCAGGUCUGA